AUGCCGCGCAUCCCCUACCGCUACCCCGCGCCGGGCGUCGACCCCAUCGCGGAUGCCAUCCGAGAGCGACGCGGCCCCGCCCGUGGCCUCACCCCGCUCGACGGCAUGCUCCUCAACGCUCCCGCAAUCGCAAACGGCUGGAACGUCCUCCUCGGCGCGACAAGGACAAAAAACUCGAUCCAGGACGACCUCCGCGAACUCAUCAUCCUUCGCGUCGCAGCACACAACCGCGCAAACUUUGAGUGGAUCCAGCACGAGCCCGUCGCACGCAACGCCGGCGUCACCGACCAGCAGCUCCACGCCGUCGGCGACCUCCGCACCCCGCUCUCGGCAUCCACCGUCCUCUCGCCCCUCCAAAAGGCCGCCCUCGAGCUCACAGACUCGAUGACCUGCAACGUAAAAGUGCCCGACGCCACCUUUGACAAGGUCCGCGCCCUCUUCGCAGACGAAGUCAAGCAGGGCGGCGCCACACAAACCGUCGACGGCUUCGAGGGCGACGACCUCGUCAACCGCAAAGUCACAGAGGCCACUCUCACCUGCGCCGUCUACAACAUGGUCUCGCGCUUCCUCGUAGCCCUCGACGUCGACGACAGGGCCAACCUGCCCGUUCCCGUGCCCGGAGCCGAUGCCGCCGCCGCGUCCGCCGCACCCAAGCUGUCCUACCCCACUCCCGCGACCGCCAGCGGCAGCAGCUCCGCCUCGUCGUCGUCGUCGACGGCGGGCCGCGGCCUGGUCCAGCUGCCCGACGGACAGCUCCUCUCGACCCGUGUCCACUUCCACUCCAUGUCGGCGCCCUGGAUCGUCCUCAUCAACUCGCUCAUGACCAACCUCACCAUGUGGGACGCCGUCCUGCCCACGCUGGCGCAGCGAUUCAACAUCCUCACCUAUGACCAGCGCGGUCACGGCAGCUCGUCGGUCCCCGCAGAGCCCUGCACCGUGGCCCAGCUCUCGGACGACGUCGCCUACCUGCUCGACUCGCUCUCGGUGCCCAAGGCCUACGCCGUCAUCGGCGUCUCGCAGGGCGGCGCCACCGCCCUCUCGUUUGCCCUGCGCCACCCGGAGCGCUACGAGCGCCUCGGCGCCCGCGCGCUCCAGGGCUACGACCUCGUCGGCGCCGGCCUCGUCGAGGCGCUCGUGCAGCAGAGCGGCCAGGGCAAGCGCCACCUCCUCGUCGCGGGAGAGGCCGACGGCAAGCUGCCAGAGACGCUCGCGGCGUUUGCGGAAAAGCUCAGCGCGGCAGGCGCCCAGGUCGAGUUUGCCAAGGUCGCCGGCGGCGGACACCUGCCCAUGUGCGACGUGCCCGAGGCGUUCCUGGACAAGGUCGUCCCCUUUCUUCGAUAG